AAUUUAUUGUAAAUGUCAGGAAUUCCUACUGCUCCUUUGAGUGAUUACAGGACAUUACCCGAAGAGCACUAUGGGGAGAGUCUUGCUUUCCCUGUAGACGAGGUUGCAUGGAACCCAUAUCCGCAUUAUGGCCAUCAUGGCUACUGGGGAGGCUACCCGGAUUAUAAUAGUUACUACUACCAUAUGCACAGAAUCGAUAGGCAGAACAAACUUGAUCAAUACGAUGAAAUGCUAAGGAACAAAUCAACCACAGAAUUACAGAAAAUCCAAGAUCUGAGAGAGCAGAUCUCUGAUAUGCAGAAAGAAGCUAAAGUGAAGCAACUAGAAGCAGAAGGCGAACUUAAGAGUUACCAGACUAUGAACAAGCAACUUAUGAACCAAAUGAACAUGCUGAGAGAGAAUGAGUUUUUGAGAGAAAGAAUUGCACAAAGGGAAUAUGACAAAAUUGACAAAGUAACAGAGAAAAUACAGGAUAAAGCUGACUCUUUGGCAAGGUUUAAAGACCAUGUUCAUAGUCACUGUAGUCUCCCUCCAUACGUACCAUCUCCUGUGUAUAUGACUCCAAGAGUGGAGACUACUAAGAUCAUUGAGAAGGACAGUUGAUGCCAUAGUCCUUGCCGAAAGAAGUGAGCCUGAGAGGAAGAAUGCUCUUGUGGGGAUGAAAGCUACAUAUAUCUUCUCCCUCCUAUCCAUUCAUCAAGGAAGCAUAUCGGGUCAAGGAAUUUAAGAAGGUCAGUUAAGACUAAAUCAGUUAAGCCAGAUAUCCUAUUUGAACAUCUUUAAGUGAGAUAAUAAUAU